GCUCCGAAAUGUGUUUGCUGACGUACAUUUCCUUCCGCGUGUCCAACUCCUUGAGGCUUUGCUUCAAUAUCAAUUUUCCAUUACGACAUUUCCGCUCUCUUUCUCUCUCUCAUCUUUGUUGAUUGAAGCAUGUUUUCAAACAGUUUAAAUCCAGUGUGUUCCGAGAUCUGCAAUUCUGCAUAGCGUUUUGCUCGAUUUUAACAUUGCCUUGGCCACUUUUCCCUACAAAUCGCCCCAAUGUUGUGUAAAGGGCCAUUAUUGCUAUUUUCUCUUGCAACAGCUUUCUUCCUUUUCUUGUCCCUCACCCUUGGAGUAUCUGAAUCUGAUUUUCCUUCCUUCCAAACUUCAGGUGAAAUUAGGAAUGAGAAUGAUGUGGUAGUUUCAUGGGGGACAAAAAGGUUUCUUGCUGAAAGUCCUGAUGAUGGUGAAUCUCCAUUGAACUCAUCACUUAUCUUGGCUGCUAAGAGAACACAUAGAAAAGAUCCUCUCAACAAUUUUAAAAGAUAUACUGGAGGCUGGAAUAUCAGUGAGCGCCAUUACUGGGCUUCUGUGGCUUUCACUGCAGCUCCAUUCUUUGUCGUUGCUCUGAUCUGGUUUGUGAUCUUCGCGCUGUGCUUAUUGUUCAUCUGUAUCUGCUACUGCUGCUGUAGAAGAGUACCUUAUGGCUACUCUCGAGUAGCUUAUGCUCUCUCUCUCAUACUCCUCAUACUUUUUACCAUUGCUGCAGUUGUUGGAUGUAUCAUUUUGUAUAUUGGCCAGGGAAAGUUUCACAGCAGCACAAUUAACACGUUGGAUUAUGUGGUCCAUCAGGCAAAUACCACAGCUGAUAGCCUCAGAAACAUCUCAGGUUAUCUAGCAGCAGCCAAACUUAUUGCUGUGGAUCAAGUCUUGCUUCCUGGUUCAGUUCAAACAGACAUAGACCGCAUCCAAACCAAGAUUAAUUCUUCUGCUAAUACCCUCGCUACUAAAACGGAAGACAAUAAGGACGACAUAGCUGGUUUGGUAGAGUCUGUGAGAUUGGCUCUUAUCGUUCUAUCAGCCAUUAUGCUUUUGUUGGCAUUUCUGGGAUUUGUACUUUCAAUUUUCGGGAUGCAGGUUUUCGUUUACAUCUUGGUGAUUUUUGGAUGGAUUCUUGUCACUGGGACUUUAAUUUUGUGUGGCAUAUUUCUUGUUCUCCACAAUGUGACUGCAGACUCUUGUGUAGCAAUGAACCAAUGGGUCCAACACCCUCUUGCUCAUACAGCUUUAGAUGAUAUCUUGCCGUGUGUGGACAAUGCUACUGCACAAGAGACUCUUACAAAAAGCAAAGAAGUCACUUCUCAGCUGGUCGAUGUCGUUAAUCGGGUUAUUGCAAAUGUGUCCAAUAAUAACUUCUCCCCCAACUUUGGUCCUUUGUACUACAAUCAGUCUGGACCUAAGCUGCCAACCCUUUGCAAUCCAUUUUACUCGGACUUGACUAAUAGAUCAUGUAGUACUGGUGAAGUGGAUUUGAGCAAUGCGACAAAGGUGUGGAAGAAUUAUGUUUGUCAAGUUUCCUCUAGUGGCAUUUGUUCAACCACAGGACGUCUGACUCCGGCCAUCUAUGGCCAGAUGGCAGCUGCUUUAAAUGUGAGCUUUGGAUUGUACCAUUAUGGUCCUUUCCUGGUUGAUCUAGAAGAUUGUGAUUUUGUUAGACAAACAUUCGAAGACAUAUACAGCGUAUACUGUCCCGGACUUCAGCGUUAUAGCAAAUGGGUUUACAUUGGACUGGUGAUGGUUGGUAUAGCAGUAUUGCUUUCCCUCACAUUCUGGGUCAUAUAUGGAAGAGAGAGGCGACACCGUGUCUAUACAAAAGAACACAUGCCCAAACCUUCUGAAGGAUAUGAAGGAAAUAAACCGAUUUAUGAGUAGUCUGCUUUGCUUUUUGUAAUGCUAGCUAGAGGUGUGUUGUUGUGUACCAAGUUUUCUGUAUAUACUAAUGAGUGAUGGCUGUUCAUAGAGCUUGUGCUAUUGUAUUAUUAGGUUACAUUCCUUGGGGUUUAUCUACUUAUAUACUGUGGAGAUGUCAGCAAUUCUAUGUUGAUGUUAUUAUGCCAUCCUUGGGAGAGGUAGAUGUGUAAAAACUUACCUAUCUUGGUGUGUAUCAAAUCAAUUGAUGCAUGACAUAUUUGCACA